AUGCGUCGCUUUGGAGUAGUGCCCCGGGGGUCAUUCUUAGUGCGACUGUUACCAUCACUACCAUUACAUCGCGUCGUACACGUAAAGUCAAUCAGAUCUUAUCAUGUACAAAGUGUCCAUGCCGGUGUUGUUCCUGCGGCAUCUACGUCGUCCUGGAGUGAAAGGGUGACAUCGCUCUUUUCAGAGGGUUUCAAGGGAAUGGAGAAUUUUCUUCCCGUACGAUCUAGAGGAAAUCAGAGGAAGUCCACCGCAUCACCAUUAGCACCACCACCAUCACCACCACCACCUCCUCCACCAUUAUCAUCAUCAGCAUGUACAAUGAUGAAUACUCCAUCCUCUUCCUUACCUUUAACAUUCUGCAAUUCGGAAACACAAAAGACGCUUACUGCGAGAGAUUUAUUUCCUGAUCUACAAUCCCUUUUUCCUGAUGUAAAGUUGUCGACUACAUCUUCAACAAGAUGGGCAAACAACGGAAUGGGUGUUCCACCAAUAGUGCGGGAGCGACUUGACUGUGAACACGCUGAGGUUGGCCAACAUGAGCAAAACUUUUCUCAGAAACCCCAAUCAGACUACUUUCCUCGUAUUUCACGAGCAACAGGCCCCUCUUCCAUGACAUCAGCAAAAGAAUAUGAGGAUGCCAAGCGAUACGCAUAUGCUUAUGAAAUAUGGCGUCAUCGAAAUGAACUCUUACAACACAUGCAAUCGGAUUUAAUACGACUUAACGAUGGUAUACAAUACUUGCGAACUCUGCAGGAAGAAGACUUGGAACAUGCUAUGAGGAGGGCAACAAAAUUCUCAUUUUUUGUUUUUUUUCCCUUUGUCCUACUCACAACUAUUAUUCUUUUUAGUGAGUCUGCAUUUUACAGUGCAGAACUGAAACAUCUUCGUCUGGUUGACUACGAUGAGUGGUUAAAGAAACAGAAUGGAGUAGUUGACAGCAGUGAUACUAUUUCCAAGAUCAGGAAAUAG